GUGGUCGCACAGAUGCAUUGUGGGAACUGGCCGGAACCAAUCAGAGUUUUCUGUGUUCUAUUUGAUUUUGACCGUUUUUACUCUUGUGGCGGAAGUUUUCAUUCUCUUGUUCAUUAAUAGUAUUAUACUUCACACAACAUAGUUAAAUGAACUAACAUUUAGCUACCAGAGAUGUAAACAAACCCAUGUUGUGCGUUUAAUUUGACCCGCGUCUGAUUCGCGGGCUGGUGGUUUUUAACUCGUUGCUAUGGCGACGGAAUGGCCGAGUUCGGUCAGAUCGACGCCCUGCGAAAGCAAAACAAAGAUUUACUGGAUAAACUCAAAAAACAAAAUGAAAGACUGCGUCAGAUGACUCUCUCAUGCUCGGAUAAGGUGGACAAAAGUCAAAGCUCGGUGUACAAAGCGUUAACCGCAGAAAGCGUCCCACGUCGAGCACCUUUAACGGACAAAAACAGAGCACAGCCGCAGCGUGUUUCUCUGUCUGCACCAGCGAAAAUCAUCCAAAUACCCGAUGAAUGGCUUCCUGAAGAUUGUGAGGAACCCACACCAGACCCACUCAACCCCAAACCCACUACAGAACUGAGUACAUACGGCAAGCUACUGCAAGACACAGCGAACAGUCGCUGGAAGGGACAGAGCAGAUCUGUGAGACUCGUGCUGCCCAAAUCUGCAGCUCUCAGCCCCUGUGACCAGAGAGAGACUGACAGCUCAACAACUGCUGGGCUGGAGAUGGAUACCAUAUCAGAGAGAAACAUACAGCCUUUACUAGGCUAUGACUGGAUAGCAGGGCUACUGGACGCUGAAAGCUCUCUGAAAGAUCGCUCGGAGCAGUUCUUCAGCGAUCUCCGCAGCUUCCGUCAGGCCAAUCGAGACGAGUGCGUCCACAGCUUGUUAUCAGGGAUUCCACCUGUUGCUGAUCUUGCAUCUUCCAUACUUGACAGUGAAGAGCCACAGCCUCCCGCAGACACACAUCAGUGUAAGAGAUCUGCUGAUUUAGGCACAUUCUGCUACAGAAUAAAUAAUCGACUGUUUGCGAUUCCGCUGGACGCACAGGCCGCCUGUCCAGUGUGCAAGAUGCCCAAAUCUGAACACCCUCAUACUGAAAGAGAGCCUGCUUUAAUCAGGGUCAGUAUUCCUCGCUCAACUCUGCUCCCAGCAUACAAAUACAAACCCCAUCGCCGAUGCAGUUUUGAACCCUCCGACAGCCUGGGUUUGCCCUUGCACUGUUUGUCCGGAUGGUCCAAUCCUACGCUGAACUCUGGCUCUCAGAUGAGCAGUCUGGAUCUACGGGGCUCCAUGAAAAAAACAGAAGCUACGGGAGGCUCAGCCUUAUCCUGGUUUGACAGUGAACUGGAUUCACCCGUGCCCAGUGCAUCAAGACAUCCCCAUUCUGACCAGCUUCCAAAUGUGGUUCGUUUACCACGGUAUCGUUUUCAGCAUUCAGAUCCGAAGAGGCCAGAACCCCACGGCGGCUCGUACGCUCUUGACUGAUUGCAGAAGUUGCGUUCAAAAUGCAGCAGCUCAUGAACGUUUCUGCAUCCAGGAGAUUUUCUGGAUUUACUGAAAUGAGCACUUGUGCAUUUUUGUAUGUGUAAUAACGGAAAACAUGAAUCAUUUUGUAUGAAUGUGUGAAUUGUCUGCUUGCUUUGUGAGCUUUGACAUAAAAUGUGAAAUUUUGUAUAAAUAAAUGCAACUGAAUAUAAAGUAGCAACAUUUUUUCUGCAUCAUCUGGCUUUAACAGUUAGUCUUUCAGUGUUAGCUGAACAAU